AUGCACGUGCGCUACUUGCAGCACCAGUAUCAGGGCACUGUGCAGCUGCUUCUCAUGCCCCUCUCCACGGCUAACUCUAUCAAGAGCCACAAGUGGGCUAGCGAUGAUGAGGAAGCAGAGCUAGAAGGGAUUCCAUUGCCUAUUCAGACUUUUCUCUGGCGACAAACUAAUCCUUUUCUUGGCGCGAAGAUCGGCAAAUUGCACGAAGCGUCUUGUGUGACAUUUGAACGCGUGGUGGUGCAAAAUAUUCUUCAUGGACUUUCACCAUCGCUAUCCGAUGCGAUUGCCUCGAUUUCACGAUGGAAAUUUCUUCGAGCCGCUUUACCACAUAUUAUACAAUGUUGCGGGAGUUUACUGGAAGCGCACGCCGCCUCGUCACCCAGAAAUCUCUCACCGUCGUUGUCUAAAAUUCUCUACAUUCUUCACUGGAUGCUUCUCGAUUCAGCCACUGAGUGUAUGGAUGCGAAUUUGGAGGAAAAGGAUGAUCAAUCAGUUGUUCUCAGAAAACAGGCCCUUUUCUCGAUUCCGUCUAUUCAACUCUUUGUCUAUCUGCUCGCUCCACUUGCUGAAACAAUCAGAGAAGAUGACAUAACGGGCAAUAUUCGCUUGGAGAGUGGGCUGAAAAUUUGGCAAGCAAUGUGGCAGUAUCGUCAACCGGAUGUUCUGUGCUUUUGUGCGCCGGUGAAGCAACGAAGAGGAGAGUUGCCGUUGGUUUGCGUGGUGAGAAAGGGUCGACGCGAGAGUCACUCACAAGCACAAGGCAUCUAUCUAGGUGAUGAGCCGGAGACACUGCGACGACCGUCCAUCGUUCCACCACCAAAGCCACCCCGAACAGAUGCACAGGUUUUGGCGGAGAAAAAGAAACGAGAGCUGGAAAAACAAAAGGAACAAAUGGGACGGCAUGAAUUGCUGGUGAAAGCUGAUGUCACUUUUCCAAGGCCCGACACCGAGUUGUUGAUCGAUGUGGGACCAUUACAGCCAACCCGCAUCCCUCCGCCUCCACAGCGAAUGAUCUCUCGAGAGCGCUCUUGUUCGGUUGUUAGAAGCGCUUCAGAGUAUCGAGCUGACGGAGAAUCGAUGGAACAACGCCCAAAAAUCCCAAAAAGUCACACCACAGCCGCUUUUGAUGUCUCACCAACUUCAGAAGAUAGCAUAAAAGUGUUGGAUGAAGUGGAUGCGGCGAUGCGCUUCGUUGAGGACAAUUCUUUAUCCAAUAUUUUUGCUGCAUCUGAUGAAGCACCAUUGGUUCAACUAACGGAUAUUUGUAGUGAAAUCUCGAUGGAUAUUGGAGAAAUCAAUGAGACGAGUUCUUGUGAUGUUGUUUGCGAUAAAUGUAAAUUAGUGAUUUAUCGAGAGGGAACGAUGAUCGGUACUUGUAAAUGCUCACGAAAUGGGAAAUCUCAAUUGAAAGUCGUUCGUCGAGACAGUCCUCCAUCAAACUCUUUCGGGCCUUCAUCUACACCACUAUCCGCUAUUCCCAGCAUGAAAAAGGAAUCUCCAAUAUUAUUAUGCCGAGAUGAGACAAUGUCUUCGAGUAGUCAACAAACCGUUUUCCAGAAUAUUUUACCUCAAACAUCUCGUUUACCAACCAGCUCAAGUCGAGUAAGCAUGGAUAAAUCGUCGUCUGGAGAUCUCUUGCAAAGUGUGACCGAAGAGGAGAAAGAGUUCACUAUUCAAGAUCCAACGGUAGCUUCAUAUCUGGAUGUAGCCGUUAUCCGAACACUUCUCAUUCGACAUUGGAGCGAAGAAGGCAUUUAUUGGGCGAUGCGCUAUCUUCUCAAUCGAUUAACGGAUAUACAAUCUUACGUUUCUGGACUACAAUGGGUCGGGCAUCGAGGUCGAAGCAACUCUCUGCCACCAUCAAGAAAGCACACUCAACAGUUGGAUCAAACGUAUUUAACACCAACUUGGGCCGAUCUACAACUGGAAAGCGAUGAGGAACGAUCAAAGCCACAUGUAGCGUUCAAGGAUACAAGAAGAAGACUUUCAUCAGACCAAGGCGCUGCAUUGCGAAUUCAUUCGGCUGCACAUGAGUCAAGAAGAGCCUCGUUGAACACAACCGGGAGACGGCUUGAGAGAAACAAAAGUGAUCCCUCGUUGAACAGCUCGUUGGAAGUGCUUUCCAUUCGAGAACAACCCGGCUCUACAACUAACCUCUCAAAAGAAGACAAGGAGAAAGAAGCGGAGAAAAUUGCGGCAAAAUUCUACCCUGAAGCUCUUGGAAGUACGAAUUUUAUCGAAAAAGACGGUCACAUCAGUUAUAUAGUGAUUGUGCAUACGGUGGAUUCGGUAAUGGAACGCAAUUGCUCGGUUCGUUUGUGUGAAUUAGCGUUGAACAUUGCGGACACUUUACUUCGCACUCCCGCCGAACACGAGCCCGAUUUCUUUGCUCAACUCUCAAAUAUGGUGUUUCGAAUUUAUCACUCUCUGGGUUGUCCGCACGGGUGCAGCGAGGGAGUGAAGAGUGCGCAAGGGGAUUUUCUGCGUGCAAAAGCUCGAGCCCUUUUCGCGUCACUUGAGCGUUUAGAUGGAGAUCGCUUUCGAACACUUAUUCAAAUAUAUGUUCAGAACAAUCCACCACAACAGGUUCUCGAUUUGCUGCACUCAAUCACCGCCUUUUGUCGAUCCGAGUUUUCAAGUGGUGGUGAAGGAAGACGAGAAUCCCGGGCUCCAUCCUAUCGAAAUCAAUUUUGCGAAAAGGAUAAAGGAAUCGAAGGCCGCAUCCUGAAUGCAACCUUUAAGCCACUAGUCACUCGACUUGUCCAAAUGGGAUCUCAACUCCAACAACCGGAAAAUAUGAGUCUUUACGGGGAUGUGCGAAUGUUAGUGAAUUUUGUUCAAGAACAGCACGGGAACCCAUUUCGUCGGGUUGGCCUUUCAGCCCUCAUCGAUGCCAUCAUUCGACCGAAUGGAGCCAGCUCAUCAAAUGGACUCCGACUCACCAUUCCGCACAUCGCUCUCGACUCUUUCGAUGAAGCGGAAAGAAGAGAUGGUGAGGGUUCGGGGAAAUCAUCGCCGAGUAUGGCUGCUGCGAAUCGCGGAGAACAGGCCAGCCUUCGACGUGGACUCUUCAAAAAGAAAGAAAAGCUUUCUGGAGCUGAUGAAAGCGAUUGGGACUCGUCCCCAUCCACACCGAGAACCAUGUCCUCAGUCGAUGACACUCCAGUACAACAACUCCACGCUCACACAUUGAAAAAGAAAAGCGCUCCGAAACUCCAUUUUGCAUUUAAUUUAUUGAAAACAAAUCGAACGGAUAAUGUGGAAGAGGAGUGUUCGGAUUUGGAUGCAGAAGGAGAUGAUGAAGAAGAAACACCAUCAAAGAAAACGAGUAUCGUUGAGGAAAAGCCAUUAAGAAGACCACCAACAAUGAGUGGAGCUCUCCGACUUUGGGGUGUGAUGAUUCCGGCGGCGAAAACUAUCGAUCUAAAAGCGAUCGCCGAUGGAGCACGUCGAUUCGCCUUUUUGCUGGAGACGGCUAGACCUGGGACUUUUCCCGAUCCAUCACUCACCGGUGCCAUUAUUCAAUUGAAAUCGCCUGUUGUCGCAAGAGCGUCUCUUCUUCUAGAGCUCGCUCAUUUUGUGAACAGAUGCAAUCGAGGAGAUUGGCCGGAUUGGAUUCGGAGUAGUCAUGCAAGGACAUUUAGUUUGGGAGGUCCAUUGGCGAAUCGAGGGACCCCAUCAGCCACAAGACGAAUGCACACUCUUCAAAGAACGGCCGGACGUUACUUCUAUCAAUGGGCUUUACAUAUUGGAGAACAACUGGCUCGAUUGCUAGAGAAAGGGGAGAAUAGAGAGAAAAGAGAGUUGAAAAUGGGUGACGUGAUGGAGGAUUUCUUGGACGAUGCAACAGUGAACAGUGAUGAGGGCGAGAGAGUCCCAUUUGGUCUACAACUUGUCGCCGUUAUGCUCCUCUUGGAAAUCACUUCUUUUCUCCGCGAGUAUUUCCGAACAAUCCCACGGGGAAAGCCUGGAAAAGGCGGUGCUCCAUCAGGAUGGGAUCGCUUAUUAUCACAUCGAAGGUGGUCGAUUUUAUCGAACACUUUUAAUCCACAACAGACUGGCUCUAUCAGCAGUAUAGCCGACGCUGUGCCUGGAGGGAUACAUUUAAAUGAAAAAGAGCGCCGAAUCUCUCUAUCAACGGCUGAAGAAGAUUCUCCACGCGGUUCCAAAGACACCAUUGAACAAGAUGACAAAAAAGGCUCUCGUCGGUCGGCAAGAGCCUCCGUGAGGCGAGCUCCAUCCACUCGUCUCUUUUCUCGGCAAUCUACCCAUGAUGACUCGGCCUCUUCGACAACUCACGGCUCCACUCGUUCCGCAGCUGGCCUACCUCCACCUGUGCCUGUUUCUUCGUCUUUUACCAACGCUCCUCCAACGGCUCCCCUCUCCGACUCAGGUCGAAGAUUGGCUACGGGUAGACAGCGGCUUUUAAAGAGGGGAUCACCACUCGGCGCGACACCGAAUCUCGAGUCGAGUAAUAAACGCCGACAGCAGGCUUCUUUCAGACUUCGCAAAGCUUCAAAACCACCGAUGGAAGAGAUCGAGAAAGAUCCCGAGUCACAAGUUUUACCGGCAAUAUCAGCAUCGGGGAAAGAGAAUUUGAGACCGACAAUGGAAGAAGCACCAGUUAGUCCAUCUUGUGAUCCGGUGCCAACGUCUUCCCAAACUGGAUCUGGAGUCUAUCAGAGACGAGAUAAGCCAGCCUCUCAUGAUGACGAAGAAGAACAUAUGGCUAAUAAUAUGCCAUGGUUGAAGAUUGUGAUGAAGUUCACAAACAGUCUUGAUCUCGAUUGCAAUCAUGAAAGUGCUUGUUCGCCUCGUUGCUUUGAGAGAAUCGCUCGUCAAUGCAAUCGUCUAUUAGAAGCUGUUGCUUUUGUUUACGGGGAUAAAAAACCUGGCACGGAAAGAGUUGACAGACGGAGAUUGAUGUUUGACAAGUGGAAUCUCGAGCAACAACAUAUAAGAAGGUCUCUACAUUCACGACAAUCGGCAGCUGUUCCAAGAAGAGAAAGUGCUAUGACUGGAGUUCAUUCUGAACGCUCAAGCAUGGCUAUUAAGACCUUAUUAAUGGAAAAGAUGUUGCAAGAAAAAGCUGAAAAGGAAAAAGAAAAAGAAAAAGAGGAUUCAAUGUCGAAGAAGAUUAGUGUGCAAGAAGCUGAUCGGAUCUCGGAAGAAGUGCCUGAUGUUUCGGAGAUGUACGAGAAGAAUCAGGAGAUGUUGGCUUAUCUCCGAAAUAGCGUGUUGGGCUUGGUUCAUUCUCCGUUGUCGAUUUCCCUGAAAAGUGCUUUGCUAUUAUCGACGGACAACUUUCGUGCACUCAUCGGAGUCUCUUGGAAGCUUUUGCUCAAUGAAGAUCCUCAUGUAGUUGUUGCAGCAGCAUCUAUGUUCAUCGUGGCCUCAGUGAAGCGAUCGGAUGACGCGGUGACGGUAAUUCGCGCAGCGAUUGAUUCCACUGAUCCGACUGAGAGAGCGGGAGCUGUUCAAAGAUUUUACGCACUCUGGAGAAAUCGUUUUCAUGUUUGGCUAAAGAUGGAAGACGGAGCACAAACUGUUUUCAAAGUACCACCACCUGGCAUUGAUUUCACUUUACCCUCUCCUCCAAUCGGUCAAUCACAACUUGCUGUUGUUGAUCCUCCAUGGAUGCCACAUUUGAAAACAAAAGUUGAAGAGCUUAGCUUGAAAGAAGAAGAACAUCAAACGUCACAAACAAUCAUGACAAUGACGAGAACAAGGAGAAAACAAAAACAAGAAAUGGUGAAAAGAGCGGUAAGAGAAGCCGAAGAAAGACAAUGCGAGCAGCGACAAGCUUUUCAACUACGAGGUAGCGCAAUUGUACAACAAGGAGCCUACGAGCCAGCACUUUUCCACCAUCAACAGGAAACAAACGAGGAAAACGAAGCCGGUCACGGACAUCCGCCUCGUCACGUUCUCCCUGUUGCUCAGCCACUUUUCCCCUCAGCUCUUCUCUCUGUUGUACCACAAAUCAUCGAGCUUCUUGAUGAUCCGCAAGUUGAUAAGACUGGUGUAUCAGUUGGUGAUGUGGCAAAGAAAGUGAUUUGGGCAUGCAUUGUUGAAGAACCAUCACUUUUCCUUCGCCAUUUCCUUGAGCGACUCACCAAUCGAGAUCGACAAGAGCAUUUGAUUUCUCUUCUCCGCAAACUCAUCCUUCGAUUUAAACCGUUUCCCAGUCAAGCAGCCUAUUCACUGCUCAAUUAUUUGUUUGGCUUCGUGAUGCACUAUGUACGAUCAGCUUGUGAAGGAGCUGACAAAGCGUUGGGUAUGGCGCUGUCAUUGACAUGGCUCUUGGCACCUCACGUCAAUGGUCUUUACUUCAAAGAUCUCAAGCAAACACUCAAGAAAGAACAAUGCGAUCAAGCUUUAAUGAUCACGGCAAAUGUACCCUCAGCAAAGAAAAUCGUUGUUCAUGGGCCGGAUUCGGGCGAAGGCGGGAUUCCAUCUCAAUUCCCCGUUCAUGAAGACACGCAAUUCAUUCAAAUCCUCACUGAUAGCUUAGAAUUUUUCAAUAUCGAAGAAGAGCUUGAUCACUAUUUCCUCGCUGAUGCCAAAACCGGAGUCCUACAUGUUCCAUCAGCUUACGUCCGAGAUUUCUACUUUUUCCAUCGAUCUUUCUAUCCGCAACUCACGCUUCUCCGAAUGGGACCCGAGGAGGCGGCUCGACGAAUGAAAGCAUCAGCGUUUGCGAUGAGAUUUAUCGAUGUCGGUAAAGUUCUCCUCACGCACAACAUCCUCAGUCACAGUCCACCAAAUGUGAUUGCUCAACGAAUAUUUUUCCUUCACGACGAGUUGACACAUUUGCCGUCAUUUCCUCGGAAAGCUCUUGAGGCUUGCUUUGGCAUGUACUACGGUGAUGGGGGUCUACAGUUGAAAGAAGUUGACGCUAUGCACAAAUUCGUUUGGGCAAAAAUGAUGAGCGACAUGUUUGAGAAAAUGGAGAACGCGUUUAUGUUUGCCGAUCUGCAUCUUUUCAUCAACGUUGUUAAUGGGAUCAUGAUCAUGCACUGUGAGGACAUUUUGAUCUUGCGUCGAUGCGCGGCCACCUACAUCACGAUGAGCAUUCACUUCAACACUCUUUUCGCAUCACAGGGCUUUUUCCUCAUCAUGCCAACUCUGCUUCGUUGCUAUUCACAGAGACAAACGAAUCGAGUUUUUUGCGGAGUAGUCGAGUUUCUUUGUCGACAAUUCUACACUCUUCAUCGAAAGCCGUUCAUGUUACAAAUGUGCGGCUCGGUCGCAACAAUCCUUGAUCACAACAAUGACGACUUUCAAAUCAAUCCGAUGAGGGUGAAAGCAAAAUACUGGUUUGCUUUGCUGAAAGCGAUGGAAGACAUGAACGAUGAAUCGGAUCCACUCGACAUUCUUGGUCUUGUACCCCAUCCAAAACCACUUAAAGCACUCGAUCUAUGCUAUCGAGAUGAUGCGAAUUCGUUUUGUCUUCUCACUGAUGGACUUGCUUCUUGUAUUUGCGUGUGCGCGUUUUCACCUGAAGGGAAAAGAAGUCAUCACAUGCUGUUAGUGAUGCAAGCUCUAUUACCUCAUAUCAUUCGAAGAGCUGAAGAAGAGUCACUCGAGGAGAAGAACGGCGCAGCGGCGAUUCGUCGAGAGAUUCAAAUGCAUGGGAUUUUGGCUGUCGAGAUGAAAACACUGAUUAACAGCUGUGAAGCGCUAGCUAGGGGUCCGCAGAGAACCUUUGACUUGGUGAACUCGGUGUCUGAACGCGGGAAAUCAUUCAUCGCCGACUCUCCGCAAUUCUUCGAUCCACCAACCACAAAUGACGAUGAAACAAUCGCGAAACCAUACAAUUUCAAAGAGAAAAAGUCAACCGUGAUCGGCUGGGAGGCGGCUGAUGUGGAGGAGCAACAAAAAGAGACUUAUCGACGACCACGAGACACACUUUUAACACUAGCUGCCACUUAUAUCGAGUUGGCCACUCCUCGCUUAAAAGAACUCACCAAAUUGGCCGCUUCAUUGGAACACGUGAAAAUCCCCGAUGUACUUGAUCAUAAAUGUCAUGUGAAAUUGAGCGAAAUCGCAUUGGCUUUACUGAAAAUUGCUCCUUAUGAUCUGAACACCAUGUCUUGUAUUGGAUUACAGAAAUAUUUCCUUCACGUGCUCCCGGUGACCGAUUGGUCGAUUGAGGCAAAUCGUUCCGCGCUCAACAUCGUCUUGCGAAGACUGGAUAAGACGAUUGCGAAAAUCGCCAAGAAACAGAGCAUUCGUCGACGCGUCUCGUGGACGGCAUUGGCUCAUUGGCUAAAUGGUUUAUGCGACACACUAUCCGCUUUCCCAUAUAUUGCACAUCUACACGCGUUGAAGACGACCACUCAAAUGUGUGUGCGCAUUAUGGUGGGUGAUCCGUGCAGUGAAGAGGGCUCAGUGCCCGCUCAUCCACCCUCCACAAUCCUCUAUCCAUCGACUCCGCAAAAAGAUUUUUGUCAAGCAACUCUUCGCUUGACCACCAUCUUGAUGCAAGCUUUGGGACAAUUUGCUUUCUCUUUGGAGCAAGUGUGUUCGGUGGAGGGGAUGGGAGUAAGUGCGGAAAGAGUCGAAGCCGUUCUCGUUCAUGUACUCAUCCCACUUUUUCUCAGAGCAGCAAUUCCAUCUAAAGAAGCCUCGGUGAUUAAAGAACGCGAUCUGAUCUUUUGCCUGGCUCUCAUGCAAAAUGCAAUCUCGCCACCAAUCGGUAAACAAUCGCAAGUUGCCCCGCUUGUCUCCACAUCAACAUUGGCCACCACAUUCAUUCGAGGUCAAGGACAUGACUUGAGCGGUCGUCAGGGAUCAGUCUCUGUCACUGAUCGUGGCCAUUCCGCCACCGUUUCCACUCAUCGAAUCGUUCGCGAAUCUGUUUGUCAAUCGGUUUUCCUUGCUUUAAAAGUGAUGAUGCUGUGCUUUGGCCGCUUGUUGGGCCCACUGUGGCCACGGGUGAAUCGACUAGUUAAGGAUCUCUUGAAUAAGAAAGCUGGUGGUCAAGCAGCGAGCGCUUUCGUUGAAUUCGUUCUUCACUCAAAUUUACCAAUCUCAUUGCUAAUUUUGCCUACAAUUCAUGCAAAGGUGAAGAAUCGAACAGCUGAAGGGGCGGCAACAGCAGAAACAUCGGCUUCCUGGGUUAUCGAGAUGGGAGAGAAGUUGAGUCGAAUCCCUCGAGCCGCACUUCCCCUAUCCGUUCUCAUACAUCGCUGCACCCAUGAGCUCAUCGCACUCAAAGAAGACUUCUCCACUAAGCCACUUGAAGUGAAUCGCUCCUACACGCCAACAAUGGCCGAUCCACACAGUGACUCGUCAACAGCGUCACUUGCCGCUCACAAAACACCGCUCAAGGGUAGCACGGAUCGACGAGCGAGUAGCGGCCUUGCAAAGGCACGAUUAGGGAGUGCGCCACAAGCAAAGGAUGAAAUGAUCACCGGAGUUGGUUCUUCAACGAUUCCCGAAGAUGUUGAAGAUGAAGGAGGAGAGGUCACGGCAACUUCUGCGCCAAGAGUUACAAAAAGCCCGUCGGUUCCGCUCAAUAAAUUCGGCGUUUCACCGAGAACACGCUCGAUGAGCGGAUUUGGCGUUUGGAGGAGUGUGAGGCGACGAUCGAGAAAUGUUUCAACGGAGAGUGAAGCCGAGAGUGAGAGAGGCGUUGAAAUGUCUUCACUUGGUCCAUCCACCGCUUCAUGGACACCGCUUCAAAUCGCUGAAACGGCUACAAAAACUGAACUAGCAACGAGUCUCGUUGGUGGACGAAGAUCGACCGAAGGACUCGUUCUCCCACUCGACACUCAACAUCGACAUCGAUUUGUUUCCUUUUCGACUCCAAAAACCGGACGAAAAGAGGAAGAAACUUUCCAAAUCAUUGAACAUCAGCACGUUGUU